AAAAAAAAAAAAAAAAAAAAAAAAAAACCACACAAUUUAGAACUCUCGCGCACAAAAGAAAGAUGGAGACGCGGGAACGAAUGAUACCCUCCCCUUCGCACAAAAUUCGGGAUGACGACAGCGGCCAAACCCCCUCCCUCCCUAUUUAAACUGCCGUUGCGUGACUUUUUGCUAUCUUUGCUGUGAAUGUGAGUGUGUGAGUGCGAUGGUAAUGCGCUGCUGAUACCAGCCGAGCUCCCCCGAAGCGAGCGCUUAGCCAUCGUCGCCAAAGCAGUUUGGAUGCAACGAAAAACGAGUUUGUUGGAGACACAUCAGAUUAGGAAAGCCGAACCCCAAGGUAGGCAACUACGGCAGAUAAUGAAUGCUACAGGCCGAAAAAUGGGACCACCACCACCUCAUCCCUAUUCCUCGACCGUCCUCCGAAUGGGGAACCCGGGGAACCAGUACCUAAGCAGGUGGCACGAUGCUCGGAGGUGACAGGUCAGAUAAGGAGAAAGGGAGACGAAGGGAAAUAAAGACGGAAAUGGUGGAAAGGACUUGUACCGGCAUGCACGCGAUGCGCCUGCGGUUCGCGGAAUCAUGGGGAAAGGACGGCAUGUGUUCGCGACUGACUGGCUGGCUGACUGACUGACUUGCUUGGUAUCUACCUAUCUUUGGAACAGUCCGACAACAGUACCUACCCACCUAUCCAUUGUAUUGACUGUGUGGACAAGUGCUACACUGCACUACACACUGCCGGCCUGCUGCCUUGGGCAUAUGAUAUGGUUGUGCGAGGGGCAAGGAGAC